AUGGGACUGGACUACACAGGAGUUAUCAACGUCCGAAUCAAAGGAACCAAGGAGGUAGCUCAAGCAUACAUCCUUUUGAUGACAUGUGGUUUUUCGAGAGCUUUACAUCUCGAAGUAGUACAAGACAUGUCGACCAAAUCAUUUCUAAAAGGCUUUCGUCUCUAUACUGGCCACCAUCGACUUCCGCGCUUUAUCAUUUCAGAUAACACAUCAACUUUCAUCAUUGCAAGUGGCUACCUAACCAAACUCCUUAACGACCAUCAAGUAACAAGAUUUCUGAGCGACCGCAACAUUCAGUGGAAAUUUAUUCCAAAGAAAGCCCCGUGGUACGGAGGCUUUUGGGAAACGUUGGUUGCAAUGGCAAAAAAUGUACUGACUAAAAUGGUGGGCCUAAACAAGCUAACACUAGAAGAACUUCAGACGGUAAUUUGCGAAAUUGAAGCGGUGCUCAACGACCGAAAGCUGAAACCCAUUCUGUCAGAAAUCGAUGUAUUGACCCCCCUUACACCCUCGGGUCUUCUUUAUGGUGAACGGUUCACUAUCUUUCCACAAGACAUCGCUAUGGAGGAAGAGUUGGAUGACCCCAUUUACGGAAAACGGGCUUCCUUCUUGUCCAAGUCCUACCUCAGGAUUCAGAACUUUAAAAAAUCCUUCGUCCGGAUGUGGAACAACGUCUAUCUACCGUCACUCCGCGAACAUCAUCAAAAACCCGCGGACCGAUUAAAGAAAUCAUCAAAGUUGGAGAUAUUGUUCAAAUCCACAACGAGUGCAAAAGAUCCAGCUGGAAAUUAG